CGUUUGCAGGUUUUGUUAGUAAACAAGAGGAGUUUAAUAAAGAAAUGCAAUAAAAGGCACACAAGAAAAAAGUUGAUAGUAGCAUGACUUCGCAGACUAGUAGAUCCUUUUUACAUUCGUGCCUGAAGGUACCCAUAGAUCCAUGUAAUAAUUGUCCAGCGCCAAUUUAUAAUCGGCCGAAACUAUAUUUGGGUCGAAUGACAGCAACACCGUUAAGCGUCACAAACAAGUCGCUGAAUGCAAGUGAAUUUGAAAAUGUUGACUCAACGUUGGCGAACAGUGGAAUACGUUCCUUAGCGAAACUUUACGACAGCAUACCAGACUAUUGCGAUAUUAACCAUCUGCCAAAUGAAGAAUUUUAUUCCACGCUGGACACUUUACGGUCCACUUGUUGUGAACUGCGCACCAAAUCUGCUCAGAGGUGUGUGGUUGAGGCGAGCAGCACCACGUCAUCCAUGUCUUCCCAUUGCGUCAACGUAAAGCGGGGCAAAUCUACGAAGCUUACAAAGAGUAAACCUUCAACUGGUAAAGGUAGCGAUAAAAAGAAAGCUGAAAAAUAUAACAACCAAGAAGUUUAUGAAAACUCGCGCUCUGUGUCCGGAACUCCAUUCAGCAUUGCUCAGAAAAUGGACUUUACGAGGCGAAAUAAGAUAAAAAAUUACAAAGAAGAGUUUGAGGAUGAAGUUAAAGCAUUCCAAAACACAAUAAAGGACAUUGAAGAGAAACUCAAGCAAAGUCAUGCGUUCGCCUCUUUAUCGGAAUCGAAGGGGAGAACAACCAAAAUCAACCCGAACAUAUUUCCAAAUGCAGGCAAUGAUGUGAAAAAGUGUACAGAUAAGGUCCCGACCACACCUAGUGUAUCAAAGUUUCGCGAAUUUUGUAGGCAAACUGGCGAUAACAUACGCCCCAGUUCCAAAACGAGUACUGUUAGCUUGCGAAAAUUUUUGAGAAAAUCUUUUUCCUUCAACGACAUCAAUAGCUUAGUCGAUUGCAAUGAAAGCGAGAAUAUUGAAAGCAAGAAACGUUUAGAUAAAUCCACAGAAACUCAAAUUCUUAUAAAUCGCACACCUUCGAAAUUCAGUAGUUAUUUCACCCAAAAAUCAGGACUUACCUCGCCAGAGAAGAGCCCACCGAAAAUAGUUUUGGAACCACCGAGUAGUGAAACAACUUCUGUGAAGUCUUCAAGCCGUUCAAGUGGUAGACGAAAGAAGAGGACCAAAGACAAAAAGCAGCAAAGAGAUUUUAAAGUGCCUUUCUCAAUAUUCAACUUGGACACAAAAAAGGAUAUUGAAAAGCAUGCAACUCCAUCGCCCUUACAUCCUGUGGCGCGGCCCAACCUCGCUGCAACAUUAAGAGCUGAGGUAUCGAAGAAGAAACUCAAAGAGUUGCAAAACAGCUGCACAUAUUACGAUAGCACAAAGCAGUUUGAUUGGGAAGUGCGCAAAACACCAGCGUGGAAAUCGCUGUCUCUCAAUGAAUCCCACAAAGAGAUACUGUCUAUGCGUUUAGCCACUCGCAAAGCAGAACAGGCAAUGCAACAACGCGAAUAUGAACUAAACAUGGAAUUAAUGCGUCAGCGCGUCAAAUCGGCACCACUACUUUUGGAAGGCACCACAUUUUGGGGUCCUCAUAUAGGCAAACUCACACAUACCUGCCAACGCGAGGGGUUGAGUCACUGUUGUCAGUCGAAUCAACGCAAGGCGCGUUGUAAAAGCGCCGAAAGUCGUAGAAAACUUUACACCCGUGAAGGCACCGGUAGCGAAUGCAGUCAAAAGAGUAACAAAUUAAAUUUGUUACAUAAAAUAUAUGGUGUUAGUACAAAGACACACUCGCGAAGUGCAACACAAACGCCAGUCGCAAAGAAAACGUCGCUGUCCGCUGAAAAGGGAAAUUCAGAGCGGACGCAGGUGGUGCAAACACAGAACGAUAGUGGUGAUGAGCUAUCUAGUUUAGAUAGAGCAUUCUUGUAG